AAAAUUUCGGCGCUUUUGGCUAAAAAUCCCCGCUUUUGGCUGUACCCCCAAGUCUGUCUAACACUUAGCCAUUUUUCCCAAAAACUUCUCUAAAGUUAAAAAAAGAAAACCAAACUUUAACACUUCAGCCAAAAACAUCCCCGUCACUUCCUCAUCUCUACCGCCUCUACUUUAUUCUCCUUCAUCUCCAUGGACAGAUCGAAGCCAAGCGUUCAUGCUUCUUGAAAACUCAGAAGCGUAUGGUUGGCUUGUUACAGAUCUAUGGUUAUUAGUUCUUGUGUAGUUAAUCCGAUUUUGUUUCGGGAUUUAGAUUUUAUUUUAAUCCUAUUUGGGUUUUCCUUUUCGGUUGUAAAUGCUUCGAUUGAAGCCUGAUGAUUCCUUUCUUCUCCCCAAAGAUUAUGUACUCCAAUCGACGGUGGCUCACCAAUUCACCAUUUUUAGCUUAAAAUUCCAAAAUCGCAAUUUAAUGUUUCGGUGACUUUCGAGUUCUUCAAGCACAAUUAGCUGUUGGAGUUAUAAAAACUCGCAGAAGCCCAGAUUCUUAGUGUAGAUGUUGUUGCUGUUGCUAUUGGGGUUGCUGCUACCCCCUAAUCCCGGGUUUUAGGAAAUGGAUGAAGCUUCCCCUCCAUCGAAAGCCUUGGCGUUCGUCUCGAUUUUGUCUACAUCCCAGUUGCCAUGAAAUGCAAAGACAAGAUGCACGAGGUUGUUGAGAAUCGCAGCAACUUCUGCGAUUUAGGGACCUCCUAAAAACAGCCGAGGGGUAAGAUUACUUCACAAUUAAAUUAUAAUUUCUGCUUAGAAGAGUUUGAAGUUAGUUUGGAAAUCCUGGAAACUAUAAACUAUAGUUAAAUCUUAUACUCCUUUGCUGUGUAUUGUUUUUGUGUUGGGCGUAUUGAUUGUCUUUCUCUGUUUCUGUGGAUUAUGGCAGGUAAGGAAGAAAUAAAAUGGAAUUAGUUAAUUAAUUAAAGCAUGUGGAGUGAUGCUGUUGUUGAUGGUUACAUGUAAGUUUGUUUUGCCUCUAAUUUAAGUUGGGAAAGAGUGUGCUAUAGCUAAAUCAUAUGCUCUUUUGUUGCAUAGUGUUUUAGGUUGCUAGAGACUCCAUAAUGGAGUUGUAUGGAGUUUACAACUGAUUUAUUUAUAUUUUGGAAACAUGAGUUUUAGUUGGAAAAUAGAACAUGUAAAAGCAAUCUUUAAAUUCAGAUUUGAUUAGGUAUCUUGAAACAUCCAAUGAUGUUGUUCUAUGGUUCUCAUUUGCAAAUUUUUGUUACCUAGUUUUAGUUUAGUUUGAUACCCUUUUUACGAAUUUCAAAAUGGAGUUACGGAGUGUGUAAAACUUAAGUUUGAACAGGACGUCUCCAUUUCUGAAAUCUGAAACUUUUCGUCAGGAUCUGCGGUUUUAAAGGACUUGUUUCUCCUAUUCUUUUAAUCCUUUUCCAAAAUUUCUUUCUAUGGUUCUCUUCCUUGUUUUCCCUAGUCUAACAUGGCUUUUACUGAUUGUUAAACGGAUUUAUAGUUUGUCCAAAACGUUGAUUCGAAUAUGAUAUAAAAUCUGAAGCCGUGGCGUCCGUCUCAAUUUCGUCUAGAUCCCAGUAAGUCUGUGUAUUCAGAUCUCUUUCUAAUUUAUUGAUUUUUUAAUUGAAUUUUAAAAAGCUAGUUAUUAUCUACCUUUAUUAGAAAUCUUAUCACUUGAGGGGUUAAUUGUGUAUACGAACAACUUAAAAUGGUGUGUAUUUUUGUCAUUAAGCUAAGUGUGUGUAAAUUUUGUUUGAAUGCUAAGUGUGUAAAUUCUUUCAUCCUCUUCCCUAUACUCUCAACAGACCGCUACUUUGCUCACUGGUGUUUCCCAUUCUUCUCCUUCACUCCCAGUCUUCCCAAGGCAAAAUGGUAUACCCACUCCCAGAUUUUGAAACUGAUGAGUCUCCCCAAGGGUCGAAAGGUACGGAAAGUGAUCCAAAUUCAAAUGAUUAUGAUUCUGAGGGAAGUUCAAUGGAGGGAUGAUGAUGAUCAUAGUCUUACUUGAUGCUGUCCAAAUGUUAUUAUUAGGUUACUUUGCUUAUAUGAACUUUGCUUAGUAUGGUUGGUUUAGAAUCAACCUAAGUAGUGACUUAUAUGAAUUUGUUUAGUUUGGUUUCGUUUCAUUAAUGUGUCACUUGCGGUUCUAUUGUAGGAUGAUGAAUUUUAAUACAUUAAUAUGGUAUUUGUUUAUACUUUUAAUAAUUGUAUUGUGCUACACAGGGAUAUCAGAAAAAAAUAUUGCAUAAUUUUAAAUAUAUUUAAAAAAUAUUAUCCAC